AUGGCCUCCGACUUCCGCCGCUCCCUCUCCCUUCCCUGCGACCACGACGACGACGCCAGUCGGCCCCGCCACGCCCGCUCCUCCAGCGUCCCCUUUCCCUCCCACCCCGCAAUUUCCCAUCUCCACCACCUCAUCUCCGUCCUCCGCUUCUGGCCAAGCGGGGAACGAGCGCCCGGAGAACGUGUUGCUGCCGUCCUCCUCGACGUCGCCCGCCUCCACGCCGCGCUCGACGACCUCCUCCACCUCCCCCUCGCCCGCGAUCCGCUCCGCCGACCUUCCGCCUCCGCCUGGGCCGACCGCAUCCUCGACGACUUCCUCCGCCUCGCCGACGCCCACGGCUCCUUCCGCACCGCCGUCCUCGCCCUCGAGCAGCUCCACUCGGAGGUCCGCUCGUCCAUCCGCCGCCGUGACGCCGGCCGGCUCGCCUCCGCCCUCAGGGGGCACCGCCGCGUCGAGAAGGAUCUCGCCCGCCUCGCAGCCGCCGUCAGGGACCUCGCCGGAAAGGGCGCCACGCCGCUGGCGUGGAUCUCGUCGGGAGAUGUGGACGUCGCGAGAGUCCUGAGAGAGGCCGUGACGGAGACCGCGACAGCCUCGGCGUUUGUCUUCACCGCGGUGGCGGCGGUGUCGGCGGAGGCCUCGACGGCGGCGGGUUCGACAGGAUCGUUGGGAUCCUCGUCGGUGGUGGGGGCAGUGUUGAGAAAGCUGCGGAAGAGGGGAGCAGAUGCAGAGACGGAGGUGGUGGCGUUGGAGAGGUUGAAGGCGGCAGAGGAGUUAAUGGGAGGGUUAACGGAGACGGGGAUUAGCGAGAGGGUGUUCCGAAGCUUGAUGAACGCACGAGUUUCCCUUCUCAAUAUUCUCACUCCGUCGUUGUAA